AUGCUCUUUGACCUCAACGACGAGGAGCUCCAGACGCGCCUCGAGGCGCUCAAGCACCUCUUACUGGGCGCCAAUGUCCUCCUGUUCGUCGCUGCAGCGCUCGUGUUCGUCGUCCCGUUCCAGCGCGAACCAAAUGAGUCUUCCGCGCCGACCAAACGGGCGCUGCUCGUCACGGCCCAUCCCGACGACGAGAGGGCCGUCCGAGAGCAGGAACUUCGCGCGUGUGCCGGCCACAUUGGACUGGCAACUCCCCAUGUCCACGUGCUGGAGGAGCCCGAGCUUCAAGACGGUAUGCAGAACCACUGGGACACGUCGCGGAUUGCAGCGAUUGUGCUGGACUACGUGGACAAGCACCGCAUCGAUGCGGUCUUUACAUUCGAUGGCUACGGCGUCUCGGGGCAUCCAAACCACAUUGCGACCCAUUGCGGAGUCAAACAGGCUCUGCGUGAACAAUCGGAGAAAUGCAGCGCUGCUACUACGCCGAACGCCGGUGCGGAAAAGGUCGUUCGCGGGUGGGCUCUGGAGAGCACGAAUAUCGUGCGCAAGUACAUUGGGAUACUGGAUGCCGUGCCGUCAUUAUGGUUGACGCGUCAGACAGAGGACGCACAGCAGGAUCGGCAAUUCGUCUUUGUUUUCAGGCCAUGGUGGAACUACAAUGCCAUGGCACUGCACCAGAGUCAGUUUGUGUGGUACCGCCGCCUGUUUGUAGUCUUCUCGCGCUACACGUUCGUCAAUACCUUCCGCCCACUGCUAGAGGUCGACGUAACGGAUCGUCCAUUAGCGCAUAAGAAGACACAGUAG